AUGCUGGUUGAGAUUCUAGGCAACUAUAAGAUUAAGUUCGUGCUGGCUAUGCUGUUGAGGAUCAUGAUAGUGCUUCCCUUUACAUACACGGCUUUUGCACUAAUGGCGAUAGUUAUUGUCUAUAGCUACUCAUUUACAACCAAUCGCUUUGUCUGGAGCUCCCUAAGCGACAAGUUCGUUCUUGUCACAUAUGCAACGACGGAGUUUGGUGCAGCCCUGUGUGUAGCACUGGCCAGAAAGAAGAUUAAAAUGAUUUUACUGGACACGAAUGAAGAUAGGCUCCUCAGUCUAAAAUCUAAACUUGACCAAAAUAUAUGUGUUGUUCACAGGGCUAUUGACAUCGUGCAUUGCUCGGAUUUUUCAUUUCUGGAAAAAUACGACAUUGGCCUUGUCAUACAUCAAAUAGGAGGUAGUGAUUCCGUGCCUCUCCACUUUAUUGAGCAAAACAUUGAUCAGGUACUAGAUUCUCAUCUAAAAGCGCCUUUAAAUCUUGAAAAAACAGUCAUGAUAUCAAUGGUUGAGAAGCACAAGGGGUACAUAGUGAACAUUGGGUUUGGGCACUCGUGUUUGCCCUCUCCUCACCAUUCUUUGAAUUCUGCAAUAAAGUGUGUAUUUAAGUCGUGGUCUCAAUCUAUGUACUAUGAGAUGAUGCCGUUUAAUGUAUGUGUGGAAUAUCUGGAGAUAGAAAAUAUGGUUGAUAGUAAAAGUAUAGAUAGAUCUACAUGUUUUACCCCCACUGUGGAGACAGCUGCCAAGUGGGCUAUUGCUACUCUGGGCAAUUCAUACUUUACAGUUCCGCAUAUUUUCCAAUAUAUUCAAUAUUUAUUUUUUAAUCUGAUUCCAAAGUCUAUAGUUGCAAGACGAAGAAUUAGCAAGAAUGAGGAAGUAAAGCGGAGGAAAGUAGAAUAG